GGUGGGCGAGCGGACGCGGAGAGACGGCUCCCUGGCUGUUCCCCUCAGUGGCCGCGGCCUGGAGAGGCGGAAACGGCUGCGGACUGUUGACUGUACUCCCGCGGCGCUCAGAGACGGCCCCGCUGGGUCCAAGUUGGCAUCUGUCACCCCAGCCCGCGCCCCCCGAACCAGCGGGCACGCACCUCGUGGGGCCGUGGGAGAGUGGCGUUCCCGGGCGCGUGACAGACUAGACCCUUUGGAGCAGGUGGUCACCAUGCUUAGGUACUAGCAGUCACGUUAGCUGUGUACUUCACACUUGAAAAUGGCAGAGGGAAACAACAACAAAGAGGUCAUUCAUUUGAACAAUUUUCACUGCCACCGGAGACGAGACUGGAUUGGACUCAGAGAUGGUCCCAUCACCAUCUCUGACUCCUCUGACGAGGAAGUGAUUCCAAUGCUGGUCACCCCAGCGCCUGAGCAGCAUGAUGAUGAUGACCUGGACGAUGAUGUCAUCCUGACCGAGACACAUAGACCUCAGACAUCCCGACCCAAUCUCAUCAAACCAGCUGCUCAGUGGCAAAAUCUGAACAGAUGGGGAGAAGAAAGACCUAAAAUUUCUAGAACAGACUUUGAAACACAUUUACACAACUAUUUUUCCUUGUGUAACAACUCGUUGUUUGAUUCUGGGGCACAGGAUGAUUCUGAGGAUGAGUAUGAUGAAUUUCUGGAUCUUGGGCCUCCUGAAGCCUCUGAAUUCACAAAGUCAAGUGGCCAAACAGAAAAAGAACCCAAACCUGGGCCAAGUCAUAACCAGAUAGCGAAUAACAUUGUCAAGCCAAGAUUGGAACAGAAAGUCAUUAUAUUGGGAGAGAGUGGCCUUCUUUUUUCAGAAAGUGAUCCUUUGGAGGCUCACAGCCAAUCAUCAGAAGACUCGGAGACAGAGCUCUUAUCAAAUCUUGGAGAACCAGCUGCCUCAGUAGAUGACCAGGUGAUUGAAGAAGACUACUGGCUUGACCAUCCCUAUUUCAGGGCUCUAAAGCCACAAUCCCAGGAGAGAACAAGCCAGGUUGUGCCGCAAGAGCGGCAUUCUGAAGCAGAAAUGGGCCCCUUGUUCUUGCAGCAUGAUUUCCCAGAGGCAGCUUUUCCAAGGCCAGAACCCCAGCAGGAGGGGAUUCCAGGCCCUACUUCUCCUCAGCCUGCCCAUCCUCUUGGAGAGCUUGAAGACCAGGAGAUAGCAAUUGAUGAGGAAGAGCCAGGGCCAGCCUUCCCCCUACCGGAAUCUCAGGAAGCCAAUUUGGAAAACCUGUGGGGGCGGGAAGCUACUGAGAUGAGUCAAGAGUUCAUUGCACUAUUGGUGAAAGAAACCGAAGCAAGAUUUCCAGAUGUAGCAAAUGGAUAUGUUGAAGAGAUAAUUCGCUUAAAGAAUUACUAUGAUUUGAAUGUACUUUGUAAUUUUCUUCUGGAAAACCCAGAUUAUCCAAAGAGAGAAGACCGAAUCAUUAUCAACCCCAGUAGCAGCCUUCUGGCCAGCCAGGACGAUGCAAAGUUGCCUAAAAUAGACUUUUUUGACUAUUCCAAAUUGACUCCUCUUGACCAGCGCUGCUUCAUCCAAGCUGCUGACCUCUUGAUGGCUGAUUUCAAGAUGCUCAGCAGCCAGGACAUCAAGUGGGCCCUGCACGAGCUCAAAGGACACUAUGCAAUCACCAGGAAGGCCUUUUCUGAUGCCAUUAAGAAAUGGCAGGAGCUAUCGCCUGAAGCCAGUGGAAAAAGGAAAAAGAGGAAAGAAAUGAAUCAGUAUUCCUUUAUAGAUUUCAAAUUUGAACAAGGUGACAUAAAAAUAGAAAAGAGGAUGUUCUUUCUGGAAAACAAGCGUCGACAUUGUAGGUCCUAUGACCAGCGGGCCCUUCUUCCAGCUGUGCAGCAAGAGCAGGAGUUCUAUGAGCAGAAAAUCAAAGAGAUGGCAGAGCAUGAAGACUUUUUGCUUGCUCUGCAGAUGAAUGAAGAACAGUAUCAAAAGGAUGGCCAACUGAUUGAAUGCCGCUGCUGCUAUGGGGAAUUUCCAUUCGAGGAACUGACACAGUGUGCCGAUGCUCACUUGUUCUGCAAAGAGUGUCUCAUCAGAUAUGCUCAGGAGGCAGUCUUUGGGUCUGGAAAGUCGGAGCUGAGCUGCAUGGAAGGCAGCUGCACAUGUUCCUUCCCAACCAGUGAACUGGAGAAGGUGCUCCCCCAGACCAUCCUAUACAAAUACUAUGAACGAAAAGCAGAAGAAGAAGUCGCUGCAGCCUAUGCUGAUGAGCUUGUCAGGUGUCCCUCCUGUAGCUUCCCCGCUCUAUUGGACAGUGAUGUGAAAAGAUUCAGCUGCCCUAAUCCCCGCUGCCGAAAGGAGACCUGUAGAAAGUGUCAGGGACUCUGGAAAGAACAUAACGGCCUCACCUGUGAAGAGCUGGCUGAAAAGGAUGACAUCAAAUAUCGGACAUCUAUUGAAGAAAAAAUGACUGCCGCUCGCAUUAGAAAAUGCCACAAGUGUGGGACCGGCCUCAUCAAAUCUGAAGGCUGCAACCGGAUGUCUUGCCGCUGCGGUGCCCAGAUGUGCUACCUUUGUCGGGUUUCCAUCAAUGGCUAUGACCAUUUCUGCCAGCAUCCUCGAUCACCAGGAGCCCCUUGCCAGGAAUGUUCAAGGUGCUCCCUCUGGACCGACCCCACUGAGGAUGAUGAAAAACUAAUCGAGGAUAUCCAGAAGGAAGCUGAGGAGGAACAGAAAAGGAAGAAUGGAGAGAAUACCUUCAAACGCAUUGGGCCUCCACUGGAGAAACCACCCGAGAAGGUGCAGCGUGUGGAAGCCCUGCCUCGGCCUGUCCCGCAGAACCUGCAUCCACAGAUGCCACCCUAUGCCUUUGUGCACCCACCCUUUCCCCUGCCCCCUGUCCGACCCAUGUUCAACAACUUCCCCAUCAAUAUGGGCCCUGUGCCCGCGCCCUAUGUGCCCCCCCUGCCCAAUGUGCGUGUCAACUAUGAUUUUGGCCACAUGCACAUGCCGCUGGAGCACAACCUGCCCAUGCACUUUGGCCCUCAGCCACGGCAUCGCUUCUGACAUCCGUAACCCUGGCCAGCCCCACUGAGUCUGCGGGAGAGCCCAGCCUCACCUUCUGAGUCAGGGUGAAAGUUCCUCACUUCCCUCUUAAGAGUGAGCUCAUGCCCUCCUGCUCCUUCCUUGGCAAGGGCCACUGUUCCUCCAGUUCUAGUAACCUCUAGGUGCCAGCUCUCACUGGACCAGAAGUGGGGCAUCUCCCUAGCUGCCGUCUUGGUGUCUAGACAGUGGCCCUAGCUGUGAGGUAGAUCCCAAGAUCAUUUGCUCCACCCCUUCCCCAGCUGACAGAGCCUAGUGGGGAAUGUGGCCCACCACCCCCAGGCCAGGGCUUUCCCUUUCCUGCCCAAGGCCCACUCAGGUCAAAGGGCCUCAGAAUCGUCUGUGGGCAGGUUUUGUUCUGUUGUUAUCUAAAGCAGUUGCUCCUGUUCACAUAGUUUGGGCUGAAGUUUUUUUGUGGCCUGUGGCUUGUUUUAAGUUUGCCUCCAUCCUUGAAAAGUUAGGUUGAAAUUAUUUCCCUAGGGCCAGCAGCUGCUGAGGGUUAGUGGUCCUGAUACUUAGACACCAAACAAAAGGGCCUUUUUCCAAAGUGGUCACUUGUCUGUGGGCUGCCCCAUUGCUGGAAGAAACCUUACUGUCACCAAUCUGGGAUGGGUAGCUUCUCUCCCAAAUGUUUUGGGAUUUCACCAGGGGUACAGAUGGCCUAUUAGAUCUGUUUCUGUCACAGUAGGCCUCAUGGCCACCCACCUAUUGCCUCAGUGUUCAACAGUGGGGGCAGGCAGAGGAUGAGGUCCCAGCACCAGAGUAAGGGCAGCUGAGAAUCUGCUCUGGGCUUAUGUGGGGUCCUGCCAUGAUCCUAUAGCCUUUUCCCCCUCCUUCUGGACCAGGUCUUUGCACUAGAAGAUGUCACUCCAGCCUGUUUGUUGAGUGGGGCCAGCAGUAGACUUUCUCACCCUAUGCUGGCUGUCCUUGUCCUGUUGUUGUGGGGUGCCAGCAGAUUCAGAGUGCAUGGACCUUGGAGCAGGACAAUGCUCGGUGUAUUCAGAGGUAUGUAGGAAAAAGCCCUCCUGAGGUGCCUGUGGAUCACUUGAGCUAUGCUACUAGCCUAAAUGACAGUGCCUUGGAAAAGUGGGCCACAUGCUGCAUGACAGUAUCCCACGGGCACCUUAAACAUUAGCAAACUCUGCACUUCCCAGAAGUCCCACGGGCAGGCCAACUACUACUCAGAGGCCUUGUGAGCUGCUGGGCUGGACUGGACUGGACUGGGUCUUAAUCCUACCCAGUGUCCCCAUCAUGUUGCUCCACCAUGGGGCCUCAGAGACUAGAUGAGGAACCUGACAGUUUCUGGGACAGGUAAGAAGAACCAACUAGGCAGGUAGCAUUCAAAUCUUGACACUGGGAAGGGUGAGGCCAGUGGGGCUAUUCCACCUAAGGCCAAGCCUGAGGCAUGUCCUUAAGAUGCAUUCUGUCUUUGGUUUCACAUGGCUGCAAGGGAGGCUGCUGCUGCCUGUCUCCAGCAAAGCCUCUAGUCUAGUGUGACUUUCUAGCACCUCAUUGUUCAGCAAGGCCGGGGAGGUAAGGGGUAGUGACUCUGCCCAGCCAGCGAGGAUCACAGCUUCUAGUGCCGGAGCCCAUGGACCAGCCCUAUCAGGACCAACAGGGAUCCCCAAGGCAGCUGGCACUUAGCUCUGGGGCCCAGGCUGCCCCCUGGCUUGAGAGACUUGUCUACCCUCUCCUGAUGUAUUUGCCUUAAAACUGGAGAAAAUCUAGUAUUUGCACUUAGCAAAAGAUUUCAGAGUUUUAAAAAAAAAAGUGCAUGAUCAGUCACUUUGUACACACACAAAAAAGAUUUCCUAGUUAGUUAAAUGUUUUUCUUUACCUUUUAGUAGUAAAAAUAAACUAAAUCUGUUUAAACUACUGUGUGUAAAAAGCUUGUAUCAUAUGUAACUUGAACUUUUUGUAAAUAAAUGUUAGUGCGCUCUA